GUAUUCUUACCAGCAUCUUUACCCCUCCACAAGAAAAAUUUGGGCGUGGGUGUUGUAGUCAUUGGGGCUCCGGCAGUGCCGAUGAACUCGCAGAGAGAUUGACGAAGAAACUGGUGUAAAGCUUUGACGUACAAACCGUUGCAGCGCGCGCAUUUGCGAAACGCGAUCGAAACAACACGCUUGGGAGCAUUUGAACGCUCUUUUAGAAGAAAGAAAAACCUGAACGACCAAUCCAGAAGGUUGAUCAUCAAGAUCUACCAGACGACAACGCUUAAGUCUCCAGCUCGCUCUAUCGCGCCGCCAUUUUUCUGUGGAAAUGUGGUCGGGUGGCAGGUAAAGCGACAGUAUUCACGCUGCCGGCAGAGACGGAAGUUCUUUUUUAAAUAACGUUUAGAAGACCAACAGAUCUGGUCGUCAACUUCGAAAACUGAUUCGUGAGCUUCGUGAGCUGUCGUAAAAAGCACUUCAUGUCUAGCAGACAGGACGAUCGCACGACGCAGUGCAAACGGACUACUCGCCGUUUAGUUACAUUAAUCGGCGUACUUGCUGCCGGAAAUUUCUUCUCAUACCUACUGUUUUUUAUUCUUUGGCAACCCUCGCAGUUCGUUGAGGUGCGCGGAACAAGCUCAAGUAUUGGAUUUUUACCAUAUGUGAAAGAUUCUAUGUUAAGCUUGUCGACGAUAGACAGCAACAUUGAGUGGCGGCAGCCAUACUUGCAUGAAGACGUUCUCGCGCGACAAUUGGGGGACUUGGAUAGUGACACGCCCUUUCCCAUAUUUCGUGGUGACCCAGACCUGUACACAUAUGAAGUGUUGCGCAAAUUUCCACAUGAUCCAUCAGCUUUCACUCAAGGCUUGUUAUUUCGACCUCCAGACACUCUGUUCGAAUCGACCGGGGCCUUCGGUGGACCAUCUACGUUGCGUGAAGUGGACCUUGUAACGGGCACCGUGCGCAAACAGGUGGAACUCCCCGGAAUAUAUUUUGCAGAGGGCCUGACAUACCACGACGACAAGUUAUUGCAGAUUUUCUGGCGUAAUAACACGGGAAUCUACUAUGAUCCGAAGACAUUCAAGUCUUUGGGGACUUUUCAAACGCCACUUUCAGAUGGUUGGGGCAUCUCAGUUGUUGAUGACUCACUUGUGGUAAGUGACUCAAGCACAGAGUUACACUUCAUCCAGCCGAGCACAAAAGACGAGGGAACACUCAGGUUGCUACAUUCAAAAACUAUACGUGACGGUAAUACUAAAAUUAGAUUCGCAAACGAGCUCGAGACCGUCAAAGGCGAAAUUUGGGCUAACGUUUUGGAGCGGGAAUGUGUUAUGCGAAUCAACUCCAAAACUGGUGAAGUUGUCGGUUGGAUCAACUUGAGUGGACUCUCCCAUAAUUUAGACCGCGGAACUCUUCGCCCCGGUGUCCUGAACGGCAUAGCGUACGACGCAGAAGGCGACAGAAUCUUUCUCACCGGAAAGAAUUGGGCAAAUCUUUUCCAGGUUCGAAUAAUCAGAGAGAACAGAACUUCACUCGACACUGUGAGGCAUAUUUGCCAUCCAGCGAAUAGCCUGCCGCAAUAUGGAUAUCCGUAGAGGAAGAUCAAUACUUUCGCCCUAAACUUUCAAGCCUUCUUAUGAGCAACAGGCUCCGCAAGAUGAGCUUCCUGACCCAGAUUCUUGGUUCGCGCAGUUUCUCGAAACACAAAGUGUUGAUUGAU